CCUAUCAUUAAAGAAAAGAAGCGGGCCUUAUCCGCAAAGGAGAUGAAGGAGCCCAGAUAUCCAGUUUGGCAUAAGAUUGAAAGAGCAGCUCAUUAGGAUUUGAAACCCUAACCACACCGACUGACCCUUUUCGGAAAGAUGCUAGAAACAGCCGCCAUUCAAUUGCCUGACUUGCCGGAAGAACUCGUCAGCGACAUCCUGCUGAGGCUUCCGGUGAAGUCCCUCCUUCAAUUUAAAUGUGUCUGCAAAUCAUGGAAAACUCUAAUCUCCGAUUCCCAAUUCGCAAAAAACCAUCUUCGAAUCUCAACUUCGGAUCCAACCAUGACCAACCAACAAUUGGUGUUUUCCUAUCGGAAACCACCCUGGGAAAUUGUAUCCUACCCUUUGAAGCCUUUAUUCCAAAAUCCAACAACAACCGCUGUUAAACCUGUUACCUUAAGCUACAAGGAUGAAAAGAUAGAUUGUAUUAUUAUAGGUUCAUGCAACGGACUCUUGUGUCUGCUUGAUAGCUUUCCUCGUUAUUGUGUCAGACUGUGCAAUCCUUGUCUCCGGUUGAUAUCCAAAAUAUCUUCAGUACCUGUUUCACAAGAUUGGCUCAUCAUGCACUGCGGCUUUGCAUAUGAUCAAGUUAAUGACAAGUACAAGGUGCUACUAGUUGUACGAUGUAAGAAACAUGAUCAUCAAAUUUUUACCAAAAUAUAUACCUUUGGUCAAGAUGACUCCUGGAGAACAAUUCCCAAUUUGCCGUAUGAUAUACAUAAGGUUUUUGGAAAAUUUGUGAGUGGCACUCUGAAUUUUUUACUUUGUAAUAAAAACACAUUUGUUUCCUUUGAUAUUGAGAAGGAGACUUACAUGGAACUGUUGUUACCUCAAAAUUAUGGUCACAACAAUGACUACACAUAUCGUGCAAUGUCUGUUUUGAGUGAUUGUCUGUGUGUGUCUGAGUGUGAAAAUUUGUAUUGGGUUGUGUGGAUGAUGAAAGAGUAUGGAGAUGUUAAGUCAUGGACUAAGUUCAUCAUUGUUUCUUAUGACAAGCUCAUCCGGAACCGACCUUGUUUGGUUGAGCCCUUGUUCAUUUCAAAAAAUGGUGUUCUAAUGGUAAUGAUGGAUGACCAGCUUAUUCUUUAUAACUCAAAUAAUGGUGUUGCCUUGGAUCCCUUGAUAGUUAUGAAACUAGGUUUCUUUCCACAUAUUCAUUGUGACAGUUUGGUAUUAGUGCCAUGCUUGAAAAAAUGUAACUGAGUUUGUUUCAGAAAUAAUGUUUGGAGAGAUCUUCUUUUUAUGCUAUUUAAUAGAACUUUGAAACUA